CUGUACCAACUAUAUACAAGAAUGUACUCAAUGAAAUCGUGAUGGACAAGUUGGUUCAUUUAUAUUGCUUGUAGUUAUACAAAUAUAAACAAAUAUCGAAUAUAUAAUAAAAGAAUGGAUUCAUUUUUAAUUAUUCAAUGGUUUUUCAGUUGAAUUAAUAACUAGACAAAUGGAUGAAGAAUUUGUUGAAACAACAAUUGUGUAAUAUUAUAACUGUAUUAUUUUUUAGUAAACUUAACCAUACUAUAGAUGAUGUUAAUAUGCCAGCAGUGACUGCUAGCUUAGAAAUGUUAACAGUAAAUACUAAUUUACAUUCAAUAUCAGAGAAUAAAAAGAAUCUUAGAAAAAGAAUACCAAAAGCAGUUCCCGCAGAACUUUUGAAUAGAAGAUGCAGUCGUAGACCAAAAAAGAGAAAUUGUAAAGAAAUGGAAAGUAAUGAAGAUAUUAAAGAUUACUAUUUAGAUAAAAGUUUUAAAAAAAAGGUAAAUAAUUUGGAAACAAUUUUUGAAGAAACGGCAAAUGCAAAUGAAAAUUCUAUAUAUAUGAGUGUGAAAAGGUACAAAAGGAUGAUCCAAUUUCAACAACAACCUAAUGAUUCUAAAUUGCAAAAAAGAAGAACUAAAAUUAAAAAAAUGUUUGGAUCAAAGAUUAAUUUUAGACGAAAACAUGGAUCUAUGCAAGCAUUACUUAAUAAGUUAAACUACAUCAGAUCUAAUUCACCAGUGAAUUCUGAAAAUAAAACGAAGUGAUUGUUAUACUGUAAGUGCUUAGUAGUGCUAUAUUUGAUUAUGCUAUUUUUAUAGACAUUAAUGACAUGUGAAUUUAUAUAUCUUAAAAAAUAUAAUAUUAAGAAAUAUUUUAUGUGGAAUCAAUACAAUUUUCAACAUUAUACAUAUCAAAUAUUUGGAAUGCAUAUUCUAACAUUAGUCAGAACAAUUGAAACAUAUGUUUUAUAUAUAUAAUAAUGUUUGUAAUCUCAAAAUUACCAAACACUUAAUAAUAAUGACUGAUAUUUUUUUCUAUAAU